AUGUGCUGGAGUAACUGUGAUGCCCACGCGGAGUGUGGAAAGGACUCACUCUCAGGCAAUGCUACCUGUCCGCUGAACGUAUGCUGCAGCCAAUAUGGCUUCUGUGGCACAACGGAUGACUUCUGCGGAACCGGCUGCCAGAAUGGAUGCAACCAACCGGGCUCGGGGGCGACCAACAGCAGCUCACAAAAGCGAAUUGUGGGCUACUACGAAUCGUGGGCCAGUGGUAAACAAUGCAUGGGAAUGAACAUCCAGCAGAUCCCAGUUGAGAGCCUGACUCACUUGAAUUAUGCAUUCGGUUAUAUUUCUCCCGGCACCUAUGAGAUUGGCCCUAUGCCAGACGUAGAUGCCUCGACAUUCACCAAAUUCACUUCCCUGAAGUCAAAGAAUAGUAACUUGGUCGUCGGAAUCUCAUUAGGCGGCUGGACCUUCAACGACAAUAAGACGUCCACACAAUCUGUUUUUGGCGAUCUUGUAUCUAAGGCCUCGAACAGAAAGACAUUCAUCAACAAUCUUCUUUCCUUUAUGCGUCAUUAUGGCUUCGAUGCCGUGGAUAUCGACUGGGAGUAUCCCGGCGCCCCUGACCGACAGCCGAACCAGGCCAACUCGGAUCAAGACGGCGCCAACUACGUUCUUCUAAUGCAGGAGAUCCGGGCUGCCUUUGACAGUCAACCGGAGACCUUUGUCCUGUCCUUUACCGCCCCAACUUCCUACUGGUAUCUUCGUUGGUUCGACAUUGGUGAAAUGGCAAAAGCUGCGGACUUCGUGAAUUUCAUGACGUACGACUUGCAUGGCGUGUGGGAUGCCGAUAACCCGAUCGGCGACCAUGUUCUUGCCCAUACAAAUCUCACAGAGAUUGAGGCUGCAUUGGAACUCCUAUGGCGAAACAAUGUCUCGCCUGAGAAGGUGAACAUGGGUCUAGCAUUUUACUCACGGACGUUUGAACUUUCAGAUAAGUCAUGUACAAAACCUGGAUGCCCAUUCAAAGGAGGCGCUAUUGAAGGUGCGUGCACAAAAAACUCGGGUACACUAUCGUACAGUGAGAUGACCGAUGUAUUGGCAUCCUACAACAUCACUCCGACGUAUGAUAAGGUAGCCGGAGUAAAGUACUUCACUUGGAACGAGAACCAGUGGGGUUCCUAUGAUGAUCAAGAGACAUUCCAGCAGAAGAUUGAAUUCGCGAAUUCUCAAGGUCUGGGGGGCCUUCUAAUAUGGUCUGUGGAUCAGGAUGAUCGUAAUCUCGAUGCUUUACGGGGAGUUCUCUACCCAAGUGAUAUCAAGGUUGAAAAUGACAUCGGCGAUGACGUGAGUUACUGGGGGAAUCAGAAUCCAGGGACUUGUGAAACGACGGAAUGUGGCGGGAUCUGUUCGCCCGGCACCAUCGAGAUUACCACUGUCUCAUGCCCCUCAGGGGGGAAGAAGCCUCAGAAACUCUGCUGUCCUCUUUCAUCCGCCCCGGACCCCAGUAGCUGUACUUGGCGGGGCGGACCUGGUCUCUGUAACGGGCAGUGCCAUGGAGGGGAAGUCGCUCUGGCUUCAAGUAAGAACGGUGGGAACGGCCACUGCAUUGACGGUCGCCAAUAUUAUUGCUGUGCUAUACCCGAGGUGGCGGAUGGAGUCGGGAUCAAUUGUGGCUGGCAAGACCAAUGCAGGUCAGACCAAACCCUGCUCACUUUUGCUGGUACAUUUUUGGAAGACAUCGCGCCCCUUACCUCAUUGGCAGGCCUGUACGGCCAAGCUCUCGAAGAUGCUCUCGCCCUGUUGGAUCUCGACAACGAGAAGAAAUACUGCUGCGGUAAGGAGGAGGCAACCAACUGGAAAGACUGUUACUGGGCUGGAACGACAGGCAAGGGACUAUACAGCUGCGAUGACAAUCAUUGCAACACCGGUAUCGAUGUGGAAUUGACAACCAGCUAUUUUGGUGAGGGAGAGACCUGCGCACCAAUGGAUGGACGACAGCGGGCGUUUUGCUGCACGCCGCAAAGUGGUGAGAGUCUGUUCUUGCCUGUUCCCCUUGAAUACCUAUUCCCAGAUCCUCCACCAGCCAACGUCGCAGACCCAUCGUUUAAUCUUGAAGUUGAUGACACGUGGGGAACUGGCAAAGCAAAAGGAGAGGAUGAUCCCAACGACGCUGCGUUCGGAUUUGUUGUGGUUACCGCACCGAACGAAGUAUCGGUAAACUUGGAUAAAAGAGAUGGUGCCCCAUGGGAAGUAUUUGAUUGUCCAGUCUCCGAGAGUGAGGAUGAACAUACAGUUCGUGUGGUUUGCACCGACUCAGGCCCCGGGAGUAGAUGUGAUGAUAUUCAUCUAGGCGAUGGAGUACCGGGCACAAUCUUACAAAUGCCAGCCGGGUGUGGACCAGGAAAGUAUGCAGUGGCGAAGUCCAUGGAAUUAGCUCACAAUCAGGAGUUGCCGAAUCACUUACAGAAGCGAUCCGAUCUCAAAAAUACUCGGGUGUACAGUCUGAACUUUGACUAUGAUUUCCGUCGUGUGCCCCGGUCUUAUGGCGAUAGUCAGAUGCGGAUUGAUUUCAGCAAUGAGGAAGGAUACUGGGAUGCAGUGGUAGACAGGCCAGGGCAGACGAGGAAAAGAAAACGCGAGCUCAAACAGCUCAGGAAGAAUCGGAAGCGCUGGCUGGAAGAGGAAUGGCGAGACGCAUACCACAAUGGAGGUGUAGCUCGAGAAGACCUGCAUCGAAGAUGGUUCGGAUCUGAUGUCAUCACAUGGCUAGCCAAUUUGGUUGGCGUUGGACAAGCCGAGGCGACGGUGGAGUUAAAUCAUCACGUUGAUGAGACUGUCCAGAUUAUCUUGGUUGAUGAGCAAUACGGGCCUUGUCCUGUGGGUCCGGCUUCAGUACAAGCCAGUAUUCGUGCAACUCUUGAAGCCAAUGUGCAAGUCCAUACAUCCUUCGGUAUCACAAUCAUAGUGACCCUGGGAUCCCCUCUGGAUCUCAGCAACUCAUAUCUCUAUUUCAAGAACAAGGGCAAAGUUACGGCGCAGUUUGCAGUGGAUGCUGUGGCUUCCGUGAAUUGGAAUUCCGGGGACAUCAAACUUAUUGGACUUGACAACUUCCCAGGGGCCACUUUCAAAGUCCCAGGAGUCGUGACCAUUGGACCUAACUUGGCAGUCUAUGCCUCUGCCGAUGCGGCUGUCACGCUGUCUGCGCACCUGGAAGCCGAGGUGAACAUUGUUUCCUGGGAUAUACAGCAAACGUAUCCGCAGACCGAUAAGUACCCGGUGGCUGCCCUUGAUUCGCCAAACUAUGACGGUACCCAGACUCUCGGUGUUCCUUCCAUCGAGGCUUCAGUGAGUGCAAGUGGAGAGCUCGCGCUUCACCUGAAGCCCAAGGUCUCUUUCGGUAUUGUAUUUGAUUCCCGGUGGGAUGUCUCUGACUGCAGCGUGGACCUGGUCUUGGACGGCUAUGUCAUCUUCCACGCAGAGGCAUCCUUGUCGACAGCCUCAGAUAAUUCCUGUCCCUUUAGUUAUGGGAUUGAUGCGGGAGCCAAUGUCUAUGGACAGCUCACUGCUCCUAGUCUUUACAACUGGGGUGGGACCAUGCAGGUGCCUAUUGCCAGUGUUCCUCGCAAGCAGAUUACCCCGGAGACAUGUGCUGGCGCGAGCACUUCUGCGAAGCAUUCGGUGGAUUCAGAGGAAUUUGACAACCAGUCUACUUCCGUUACUGAUCCUUUGUCGUCCUCGCCCUAUGAACAUGGUGAUUUCCUGGGAAGUGGAGAUUCCGUGCGCGAGGAAGCACUCAGGCUGAAACAACGUGACACUUUCAGCAUAGGUCCAAUAAUCACAGUUCCGGAAAGCUCGCUCUCGUGUCCUGGAGAGAAUGUGACCGGAUGCUUGGCAUGCGAUUCAUACGGAAGCGCCUCCUCCGGCAGCCUCAAAAUCCGGGACGUAGUGGAGAUGGAGGAAGACUCCUGCCCAUGGAUACCCUUAAGCGAUGGUGUCUGUACAGAUACAAGUAUCUCCAAGAGAGCUAUUACUCCAAAAUCCAUGACCCUAUCGUGGGCCGGUACCUUCGACUACGCCGACUAUCCUGCCUGCUCUGCUUCUAAUCUCGCGAGUAUCAGUUCCAUUUCCAAGUGGUACAUGCCCCGGGACACGGUAACGAAUGCAUGCGAUCCGACUAUAGUCAAGUUCAACAAGGACAACGGUAAUCCUACCGUGAAUAAGGUGCCCAUCAGUCGAAAUUUCGCCAACGAUCAUAUCUUUGAGGUUCAGCUUAUAUCUGACUUCCUAGAAUGGCUGUGCAACACCGGGUAUCAGAGCCGUUACGGUGGUAUUGGAGUUCUCGACUUCAUUCCCGGCUGGCAGCAGGCCGACGCAGUAUGGUGUGAAUAUGUUUUUGGCUCGGGUGUGGACAUCGGAGGGUUUGAAUUCCCCCUUGAUGCCCAAGACACAGAGCCAAGUAACUUCAUCACGAAUACUGGCACUCUAGUAGGAGGAAUUAAUCACCCCGAGUUAAUGGCAUUGUUGUAUGACAGUACGAAUGGUGCCAAAGGCGUGUGGGUUGGCGGCAGGCUGCCCAAUUGGAAAAAAGUGGCCGAUAAAGCCAAAGAUACAGCAAAGGUGAUCCAAACGAGCGCAAGUGUCUUCAAUUACUUACAGGUCCCUUACAUCACGUCAGCCUGGAUGGUAACAUCGAAUUCGAUUGAGGCCGCCUGUAACGCCUUCGACGAAAACUUUUGGGGCUCGGCUUAUGCCAAUGCAGCGCCAGGUACAGCCAUGAACGGGCCCGCCAGACCGGCCGGGGUGACCAGCUGGGGGCUGAGAACUGCCUGGUGCUUCUGGAUUGACAACCAUUUGGCAAAAAUCGAGAAAAACAUUGGUCCGUGGUUGGACUCAGGAAAGACGAGGUUACAAUCCUACACGACAGGGUCUGAUAGGCUGGCAUCAAAGUUCCUCGCAGCAUACAUGGGUUCCAGUGGGCUGGCGAGCACCAGCCGAAUGCGCUUCCCCCGGGCUGCCAACUUUGCGACCACCCCACUUCCAGGAACGGCCAACAGCGCCAUCACAACGAGCAGUAGAUACGGCAUGUGGGGUAACAACGGCUUAGGAGCCUUGGGGGUCUAA